GCCGGCGGGCUCAGUCGGACGAUGGCCGCGGCCGCGGCGGGUGGAGCCCCGGGCCCAACCCCGGGCCCGGCCCCCGGCCCCGGCGCCGGCCCCGCCAGGGCCCCGCCGCCCGCCGGCCCCGGCCCCGCCGCCAGGGCCCCGCCACAGGCGCUCCGGAGGCGCGGGGACUCGCGGCGCCGCCAGGCCGCUCUCUUCUUCCUCAACAACAUCUCCCUGGACGGCCGCCCCCCGAGCCUGGGCCCGGGCGGGGAGAAGCCCCCGCCGCCGCCGCCCGCCGAAGCCCGCGAGCCGCCCGCGCCGCCGCCCGCGCCCCCCGCCGGCCUGCCCGGGCUGCCCGGUCCCGCGGGCAGGGCGUCGGCGCCCCAGGGCCUGCUCAGCCCUGCGCCCGGCCCCGCGCCCGCCAGCCUGGGCCUCGGCCUGGGACUCGGGCUGGACGGGCAACGCCAGAGACGGCGAGUCGUCUCCCAGCGCUGUUCUCUCGAGUUCCUGGAAGACGCUGUGGGAUGUGCCUCGGUUCAAAGAACCAAGCACAUAUCCGGAUCCCCAAGACACAAAGGCUUGAAGAAGACCCACUUCAUCAAGAAUAUGAGGCAGUAUGACACCAGGAACAGCAGGAUCGUGCUCAUCUGCGCCAGGCGGUCCCUAUGUGCGGCCUUCUCGGUCCUGCCCUACGGAGAAGGCCUGCGGCUCAGUGACCUGAGGGUGGACAGCCAGAAGCAGAGGCACCCGUCGGGCGGCGUCUCCGUGUCUUCUGAGAUGGUCUUUGAGUUGGAGGGCGUGGAGCUGGGAGCAGACGGGAAGGUGGUAUCUUAUGCCAAGUUCUUGUACCCUACCAACGCCCUGGUCACACACAAGACAGAUGGCCACGGCCUGCCGCCCCAGCCCCGGCCCAGCGUCCCCCGCGCUCUGCCAGGCUCAAGAUACAAACCGGCCCCGGCCAAGUCAGCACCAGCUGGCACGGAACUAGGCGGCGACGCCGGGGACGUGCUGGAAUACAAUCCCAAUCUGCUGGACGACCCGCAGUGGCCCUGCGGCAAGCACAAGAGGGUCCUCAUCUUCGCCUCUUACAUGACCACGGUGAUCGAGUACGUGAAGCCCUCUGACCUCAAGAAGGACAUGAAUGAGACCUUCCGAGAGAAGUUCCCGCAUAUCAAACUGACCCUGAGCAAGAUCCGGAGCUUGAAGCGCGAGAUGCGGAACCUUUCUGAGGAGUGCAGCCUGGAGCCCGUGACCGUGUCCAUGGCGUACGUGUACUUCGAGAAGCUGGUCCUGCAGGGCAAACUCAACAAGCAGAACCGCAAGCUGUGCGCCGGCGCGUGCGUGCUGCUCGCAGCCAAGAUCAGCAGCGACCUGCGCAGGGGCGAGGUGAAGCAGCUCAUCGAUAAGCUGGAAGAAAGGUUCCGAUUCAACAGACGGGAUCUGAUUGGGUUCGAGUUCACGGUGCUGGUGGCCUUGGAACUCGCACUCUACCUUCCCGAGAGCCAGGUGUUACCUCAUUACCGACGCCUCACGCAGCAGUUCUAGUCAAGGCCGGCCCCGCUGCCCACACGGCCCCGGUGCAGACGCCCGCGUGGGCCCAGGAGGUGUUUGCAGGCACCGCACGCCCACCAGGCCCCACUUCGGGGCCCAGCUGGGGCACCCGCCUGGCGGGGACUCGCCUGCCCUCUGUGACUGACGCCACUGUCGCCACACCCUCGCAGCCUUGCGGGGGCACUAUUUCUGUUCCAAAGCACACUGUGUCCGUGUAUUCCCGAGAGCCUGUCAGUGUGUCCGCAGGAACAAGGUGGGAGGUUUUGUGUUCUUUGCCACGUGCCUGAGAGU